CCUGCCUCCUGACCGGGGCCAACGACCCCACCGGGGCAGCAUGCGGGCUGCUGAUCAACACCUCCAAUCGACACUUGCCACCAAGCGCCUUUUUUGGGGGGGGAGAGUCAGAGAUAGCCAUCUUGAAAACAACAAAGACACCAAAAGCACAUUAACUCCAACCUUAUCUCCCCCCACAGAUCACAUAAAAGGACAAGGACGCGACCCUAAGCCGAACCGGGAAAAACAUCCUACGACACACACAAGAGAACCUAACGGUCCCCAACCGGGAACAACAUCUGCCGCAAAAACACAAGAGAACCUAAUGGGACUGAGGGUUAAGACAACAAGCACAUAAGCGUGCAAAAAGGACAAGGCGGGUCACUCUUGACUGAACUGUUUGACACUCCGCAUCUCCAACUACGCCGCCUCGCCAAGUGUCUUAGCUUCUACUGUUGUGAAAGAAAGUUACUUGUGAAAAGCCAAUACACUCAUUCUACUCCUGUGUAUCUACAACAUCACCGGGGCCGUACAUUACUCUACCGACCAAACACCUUACUGCACAGUGUACUCCCCCUGCAGGAGGAUUAGUCCACAUCCGUGGAGUGCGAUUCUGCAGAGGCUUCUAUCUACUGUAGUGAGCACUUACGCAGUGGUUUCUUGCACAGAAUGCAGAGGAUGUUGAUUCCACAGUGAUUCUUGAAGCGGCAUUUACUUUGGCAAAAAUAUUGCAUCCUGCCUAGGCAGGGUGUACUCCUGGAGUACGAUUUUGGGGGAGUACGCUGUACCGUCCACGCCGGCCGAAUUUUCAAACCACUGGAUAAUGAAAUCCUGAAACUACUUGGGCGCAUCUUUAUGUUCACUAUUUUUUCAAUGAUAUUUCGCGAUUGAAAAAAACCGGAAGAAACUAAAUAAUCGAGUGUUGAACGUUUCAAGUGAGAGGCUUGAUCUUCGUGCUCUUGUGCGGAUGCGCUCAAGUGUCUUGAGUUGGUAUGUAGUUGUUUUUCAAUAUGUGGUGAUCUGACCUGCAGAACAGGCGGAGGAAGGGUUUCUCAAAAUGAUGCUCAGUGAUAGAGUCCGCCAAUUCCUUCGUGACAUCGAAGAGAAUCAAUAUGCCGUUGAUGCGUGGGGUCUGGUUGUCCGCGAAUUGCAAGGACGUAGGAUUGAAGAAGUUCGUCCUGUCUAUGAAAACGCUAUUAGCGUGUUCCCCACCGCUGGAAGAUUUUGGAAGUUAUACAUUGAACACGAGAUCCGGUCUCGGAAUCAUGAUCUUGCGGAAAUGCUCUUUCAACGGUGUUUAAUGAAAGUGUUGAAUCUGGACCUUUGGAGAGCGUAUCUGGCCUACGUAAGGGACACGAAACAUGACUUGCCGUCAUACAACGAAAAAAUGGCUCAAGCUUACGACUUUGCCCUCGAUAAGAUCGGGUUUGACGUCAACGCAUUUUCCAUAUGGAAUGACUAUAUUUCUUUCUUGGAGAAAGUGGAGGCCGUGGGGCGCACCUCAGAAGUGCAGAAAAUUCAUGCCAUCAGGAAGGUUUAUCAUCGUGGAAUCGUGAUCCCCAUGUUACAAAUCGAUAAAUUUUGGGAAAGAUACGUGGAUUACGAACGCUUGGUGAACCUCCCGGAUUCCUUAACUCUGCUCCAAGACAAAGUCCACGGAUACCUUCAAGCUCGCAAUGUAUCCGCGGAAUUGGAGUCAGUUAUGCGAGGCUUGAACAAGGGCGCCUUGAGCAUUCCACCGACUGGGACUCCGGCAGAAAUAGCUCAAGUUGAGCUCUGGAAACGGUACAUAUCUUGGGAGAAGACGAAUCCACUCAAAUUCGACGAGAAAACAGAUUACUUGAGCUUCCGGCGAAGAGUAGUUUACGCGUACGAGCAAGCUUUAUUGUGUCUAUCGCAUCACCCUGAUGUCUGGAUCGACGCCGCGGAUUAUUUGGAAGAGUCUGCAAAGAAGAUGCGGGCAUUGGGUGAUGAGGCUGUGAGUGAAGUGUACACAGAAGAAGUGAUCGCGUUUUAUAAUCGGGGUGUGAAGGGACCGAUGCGACGACAACCUUUGUUACACUUUUGUCUCUCGGAUUUCUAUGAGCGGCGUGGUGAGAUUGCGAAAGCAGCGUCCAUUUACGAGGAGUUCGUGGGUUUGCCUGACGUCGAUCCCACUCUAGCAUUCAUUCAUUACAUGGCAUUUAUGCGGAGAACGGACAGCGUGAAAUCCGCGCGACAGAUUUUCCGAAAGGCGAGAGAAAAUCCCCGGUCGAGGUUUCACGUGUUCGUUGCAGCAGCUUUGAUGGAGUACCUGGUGUCGAAGGACAAGAACGUGGCGUUCAAGAUCUUCGAGCUCGGUUUGAAAAAGUAUUCGUCCGUGGCCGAGUACGUGUUGGCGUAUGUGGACUACUUGUCGCACCUCAAUGAAGACAACAACAUACGCGUGUUGUUCGAGCGAGUGCUUUCCACGUGUAAUAUCCACCCAGAAAAAUUGCUAGAAAUCUGGGAUCGCUACCUGGAAUUCGAGACGAAUCACGGGGAUUUGGCAUCAAUUCUAAAGGUGGAGAAACGGAGAUCCUGCAUUGUUGCACGAGUGUGUCGAAAUUUUGAGGCCAAGGAGUCCCUGCUCACGAUCGAUCGCUACAAAUUUGGUGAUCUCAUGCCAGUUUCUAGGGUGCAAUUGUUGGCAUUGGGUUACAACGAGCUUUCGAGGGAGUCCAAAGACGAUAAGAAACAAGGCAUGGACACGAAGCGGAAUGAACGGGUUUCAUCGCUGGACGAGCCGGAAGACGGCGAUGACGAGGCGCAGAGAUUCGGGCCGAACGUGAGUGCUGGGAAGUGGCGGUUGUUGCCGCCAUGUCCCUUUGGGAGCCGGUAUGCCCUUCCGGAUGUCCGGCAAAUGACUCCGUUUCAGCCGAAGCUGCGCUGGUUUCCGGGCAAACUUUGUGUUCCCGGCGGAGAAUUUCCUUUACCCACAAUCGCUGCAGACGUUAUGAAAACAUUACCGCCGCCGAAGUGUUUCAGGGGACCGUUCGUGCACUUGGAAUCACUGAUGGAUUUCAUGGUAUCCUUGAAGAUCCCCGGACAAGGGAAAACGUUUGUGAAAGAGGAAAAAGACGAUUUCGGGACGAACAAGGUGGUGAUAAACGGGGUUCUUGUUCGCGACGGGGACGGAAGCUUGACCCGUCGACCUGAAAUUAUGGAUAUUUAUUCGAAGAGACAGAAAAUCCGGAGUUUGCGCGGAGGCGGUCGCGUGAUGGCGCAGAUCGUUCUCUGAAUUACGACCAGGGAUUUAAUUUUGAAUUCGUCACUGUUUCUACGUGUUCCUUUUUGUCGAGAGUCUGAUAUUUUUUUCAGACAUGAUUUCCCCGUUGGAAAACGAAGAUUGAUAAAGUGAAUUUUUUCUUGUA